UUAUUUAUUCAUUUUUGUUUCAGACAACUUGAAGAAGACCAGGACAUCUGUGUUUGCAAAAUAUUAACAGAACUCCCACUGUCUGUAACUAAAUCCGAGUACCCAGUUAUAGAGCAGCUCUUAAAUUUUCAAAAACCAACAGGUUUAUUGCAUCGGGAAGGCAGUAAAGAGCUUACCUUUUUCAAAACGAAAGCAGAGAGUUUUUUUUUUUGGUUGCAUGGAGAGGGUGUCAAUGGGAACAACUAUAACAAGGAGAGCUAAAUGGCAAUACCCACCGGCGCAGCCAUCUCCGAGAAUCAUCCAUUUGCCACGGCGGCUUCGAAGGAAAGCGCCCAAGGCGAGUCCUUCGAAACUUCCCGGUUCGCAGAAGGAGAGAAAAGGGAUGGUUCUGGAGAGCUUGUUUGAUCAAGGAGGGUCUUUUACAAGGGGGAGUGUUCCGGUGGUGGUGGUGAGUCCGAGGGAGAGUGACGACGAGAUGAGAAGAGGGAGGGUGGCCGAGGAGGAGGAGGAGAAGAGAGAAAACCGCAGCAGCAGCGUAGCGUUUGUUGAAGAAGAGAAAUGGAGGUUCCAAGCUGAGAUGUUGAGAGCGGAGUGUAACUUGUUGAGGAUGGAAAGGAAGAUCGCCGUUAAGAAAAUGGAGAGAAGAAAGGUGUACAUGGAGAGGACAUUGAAAUCUGCUGCUCAAAUUUUACUUUCCGGAAGAAAGAACAUCUGUGAACGGAAGGAUGUAAACAUGGCAUUAUUGGACGAACAGAUCAAUGAAUUAAUUGAGAAAAUAGAGAAGCUGCAAAAGAGAUCAGGUGUUCAAGACUUGGAGGUAAAAAAAUGCAGUAACUUCGAUAAAAAAAUAUCUUCUCUCCAGAGGCAGCUAGAAAAAUCUGGGUUUAAAGGAAUAUCUGAUGAAGAACGAUGCGUGAAAGAGAUUCGACAGAUGGCCGAAGCGAGCUUGUCGAUCAAAACCAUCAGCGAAGACGAUGAUCAUAACCGCAAUGUACAAAACUACUCAGAUUUGCAGGUGGAGAGUUUGAGAAGAAAGAUGGAUGGAUUGUCAAAGGGGUUUUUGUUAGAGGAAUAUUCAGAUUUAUCGUCUUCUUCUUUACAACAAUCAUGCAAAGUAAGUUCCUUUAAUCAUCAUCAGUCUUUAACAACAAUCAUAUUAGUUCAAUUUUUGCAUUACAGCACUUGGUUUUUGCAGGAGAAAAUGUCCCAUGAGGCAAGAGUGUGUUCGGGGCAUUGCAAGGCAUUAGUGCAGAGGGUUGUCGAGCAAAUUCGUGCCGAGACCGAGCAAUGGUCACAGAUGCAAGACAUGCUGGGGCUGGUUAGGGAUGAGAUGGAAGAAUUGCAUGCGUCUCGUGAUUUCUGGGAAGACCGAGCACUCGAUUCAGAUUAUCGGAUUCGAUCCCUGCAAUCCGCUGUGAAAGAAUGGAGACAGAAAGCUCUGUCGUCCGAAGCUGAGGCUAAAGAGUUACGGGCACAAGUAUACGUGCUUCGCCAAGAGGUUGAGAGAUUGAGGCAGGAAAGAGAGCGAAAAACAGCGAGGACCCGAAUUGCUUCACCGAUCAAUCGAGAAGCACAAAGUGAAACAGAGAAGAGGGUACUCGUGUGUCGGUUAAAGGAGGAUGAUCCCUGCACCGCCGGACUUAUCCCGAUCAGACGUUCGCCCCUCAGAGACAUCAGUAACAAGCCAACCUUGAAGAAACAACAGAAACAGCAUGGUGAGGGAAUCUUGCCAUUGUUUAGCCUUCAUAAAGAGGAAAUGAAACGUUCAUCGUAGACGAAUCUUAUAGAAACAGCUCGUGAGUUGUACAUGGAUCUCGAACCGAUUUUGAAGCUUUUCAGUUCACUAGUUCACUGCUUCAACCUUGCCUACAAAUGGAGUCCAUAAAAGGGAAAGCAGGGCAUGCAAAAAUGUGUAAAUCUGACCUAGCUUACAAAUUUUAGCAAGAAAACAACCUUGUGCUGGCUACUGAAUUGAUGUAUGCAGAUAGUAAAGGUCUUCUGAGAAAUUGUACAUCUGAU